AUGGACUUUAUUGACUCUGCGUUGUGGGCUUCUGUUGUUACGUUGCUGCUGUUUGUUUAUGCCGGCUUUGCCACUGGGGAUGACACAUCAAUGAUUUCUGCCAUAGAGUGCUACACAGAGCCCGACGGCAUGGACUACAGAGGUCAUGUUUCCCAAACUCAAAAUAAGUUAACAUGUCAGAAAUGGACACACAAGUCGCCACACAGUCACUACCACACUCCAGAAAACUUCCCACACACUGGACUAGGAGAUCAUAACUAUUGCCGCAACCCAGACUACGGCGAAGACGUGGUGAGUGUCUACCACGGGCCUUGGUGUUACACGGAAGAUAUAAACACGCGAUGGGAUUACUGUGAUGUGGGCGAGCGUCAACAGCACUGUGUUCGAGAUGUAUGCGUACAAGUUGACCCAUGUCUUAAUGGCGGCACCUGCGUCGACGAAGGCGAAGACUUUCGUUGUAACUGUAGUCCAGGUUUUCUAGGAAGAUUUUGUAACUUUCCUAAUGUUUUUCAAGCACAGUUGUCUGGAACAAUGGAAGACUUUGGAGACGCCCAACAACUGUGUGAUUCGAUGGACGCGGAUAUAGCAAACUAUAUUCAGUUGGAUAGAUCAUGGAGCGAUGGACUGGACACAUGUGAAUGCGGCUGGCUUGUCGACAGCUCAGCUCGCGUAGCUGUACACACACUCUCGGAUAGAUGCUCGUUCGACUUUGAAGGAAUUCACGUCUGCGGUACUUAUCCAUCUGCACAGGUUAUGUUGGUGUACUGUUUUCCACGUCUGAAUGAAGGUGUAAAGUGGAGAGGCGACUGGCGUUGUGGCACUGCACUGGCAUCGGGUGCAGCCGAAGCCAUAUGUGAUCCUGACGGGCAAAGUCCCUGCUGUUCUUCCGUUGGAUGGUGUGGAUAUACUAGUGCUCACUGUGACUGUGAUGAGUGCUUCGAUUCUUCCACUGUCGUGGAACAAAUACAAGAGAAACGUGGUUGGAUAUCACACCCUAAUCUGGGCAGUUACCCGCGAAAUAUGAAUCGACAUUGGAUUGUAACAGUAAGAAAAGGUAUGAGGAUAGCAGUAAUGUUUAAAAAGUUUCAUCUUCAACGAUCAUGUAUUAGUGUUAAAGAUACAUGUUUUAUGGAUUAUGUAGACAUCCAUGACGGCGCCGUUACAAACCACACUAGAAUUUUCCAUUACUGCGGGGACCAACUACCACCCAAGGAAUAUAUUUUCAGUUCGCAGAAUGAAAUAUCAAUAAUCUUUCACAGUGAUGCUGAAAUAACAGGUCGUGGGUUUUCACUAUACUACGAGGAAUAUGGUUUAUCAGCGUGUCAACGUUCGAUUGGUUACAACGCCUUACCCAACUCAAUGACCACCAAUAUUCCACUGAGUAAUGAAGUCACCUUUAUUGACAAGAAUCUCCAGAUGUCUUGCUCGGGGCGUGUGGUUGCAUGGUAUUUUGAGAAUGAUCAGACGAGUACUUCUGCUGUGCGUCUUGGAAUCUAUCGACAUCAGGACGGAGACACAUACGUGCUAAUUGGACAAAAUGUUAUUAGUUUUCCUUAUCUAACAGUAGGGGAACACUUGGUUAAUGUCUCUGAAAACGAACAGAUUAGCUUUGAAAAAGGCGAUUACAUCGGUGAGGACUGUGUAAAGGAUUUUUGUCAAAGUGACGAGUCGAAUCUCGAAUUGGAUAGAAACGUGGCCAUUCACGUGGAUUGCAUGAGUUCAUUUGCAUCGAUUAAUCACCCAGGUCAAUACUAUCCAAAUGAUUACUACUCCUGGGACAUACGUGUACCAGAAGGAGACGUUGUUGGCAUCUCAUUCGUUGAGUUUGAGUUGGAAAACCGAACGCCCACAGGACAAUGCCUUGACUAUGUGCGACUAAAAGAAGGAGCUAAUGGUACUACUACUAUAAUAGGAGAUGACAUUUGUGGUAAUGAUAAUAUUCCUGCCGCAACGUCAUUUGGAAAUGCAUUAACAGUGGAAUUUUCAACAAAUGGUAUGAACAAUUAUCAUGGAUUUGUAGCAGAGAUUAUGAGCUGUGGAUGUGAAUGUGAUAUGUAUGGUUCUAGUGGCAACAUUCAAUCUUCAGUCACCAAUUCCAACAGAAGAGUCGACAAAAGUGGAAUGGUUACCUGUACAUGGAACAUUACUGUUCCCAAUGACCACGGAAUAGAAUUGAAUAUUGCUCAAAGCCAGUUACGUAAUAGUUCAAAUGAUGGUGGCAACUGCGAAAACAGUCUAGAAAUCCUAAAUCAACAUUCGAAAAUGAUAGCGAAGAUCUGUUCGCCGGAUGAGCUUAUUUCAAAAUCAUUGAUCUCAAUAUCUACAAGUCAGACUAUUAUCAAUAUGCAGAUGAAGGAUGACGUCACAAAACUGAUUGCUACAUUUCAAGCAGUUCCCAAGACUCAAAAUUGCAAUAUGAUAUUGACCAACGAAUCGGGAGAGAUACAAUCGCCGAACUAUCCAGGGCAUUAUCCACAUAAUGUCAGGUGUUCAUGGUCAAUAGAUGCAGGAAUAGGACACGCCAUUGUUGUCCGAUUCAUAGAGCUGGCACUGGAAACUGCUGACCACAGCGAAUGCAGUGACCAACUAUUGCUGUAUGAAGGUUACAUUGUAUCCACACAUCCGAUUGUGGAACCUCUGUGCUCCUUCAGCGAAAACUCAACUCGUGACGUGGUGUUGAGUGAACAAUGGUUGUCUCUGGUAUUCACGAGUGAUUCCACAAUAGCUGGUACAGGUUUCUUCUUGGAAUACCAACGCAUUGCACGAAUGACCGACGAUAUGGAGGAAGGGGAAUGGAAAUGGGUGAAUAAAUAUCCCGUUGAUGAUUGGUUGAUGGGAACAGAGAGGUAUUGGGAACCUGGUGAGUCUGAGGAUUUGGAUCCCGGACCACAAGUACCAACUGGAGCUGAAGAGGACUGUGGGGCCCUGGUGUCUUCGAAUGGAGUCCUUGCUAGUCUUUACUGCGAGAAGUUAUUAGGUUAUAUUUGUGAAUUCCUUAACAGUGACUAUGGUACGUGCGAAGCUAAUAUAACUGUACUGAGUGCCCUGAUUGGAAUGCUGCAGUCAAUGAAUUACCCAUUACAAUUCUCUAAGUAUAUGUCGUGCUAUUGGUUGAUUGACGUUCCUGUUGGUCUUGCAAUCAGACUAUGGUUUAUAUACCUGAAUUUUGGCACAUAUAUUUCCGAGUGUGUAUCUAGCCUGACAACAUACGACGAUGGUAAAUACCUUAUAAACACAUACUGUGGAAGCGUCAACAACGCAUAUGUUAGAUCUACCUCUCAUCGUUUGCUUUUGGAGUUCAAUUCAGGAGAUGUGGUGGAAGAUGGUGCUGGGAUUCUGGCCGUAUAUAACAGCACUGGACAGUUUGCAUCAAUGAACUUUCACAUGGACGAGUUGUUCUAUCGCCCAUACAGUCGGUGUCAGUGGACAAUCAUCGUCAGCGAUGACAAGUUUGUUCAAUUAGAAUUUCCCGUAUUUGAUCUACCAUCUACCAAUCUCAGUGCAUGCCGUGAUUACGUGGAAGUCGAUAUUAGUGAUAUUGGCGAUAUUAUGAAUUUCGUUCGUUACUGUGGUGUGGAUGCACCACGCGUAUCAUCUCUCAGCAAUCGCAUGAGAGUCACGUUUUCUACUUUCGAAUACAGCCAAGGAGGAGGAUUCCAAGCUUAUUAUGAAGAAGCAGACUGUCCUGGAUUUGGUAUGGGAGUACGAGAAUGUUCUCGGUACCUUCAUCUGAAUGAAAGCUGUGGAUAUGUCCAAUCAAGCAACUAUCCUAAUCCCUACCCUGAUAACAGCUACUGUGACUGGAACAUUGUCGCACCUGAGGGGAAAUUAGUACUACUAGAGUUUCUUCAUCUCGACAUCGACGGUGGUUCGAACUGUUGUGACAAUUACGUGAAGAUCUAUGACGCCAACAUGGCAGAUCCAAACCAUCUAGUGGAUACAUUGUGUAACAGUAAAGUUUACACAACGUUUAUUUCCAAAUUCAAUAGCCUGUAUGUUGAAUUUGUUGGUGCGCAUGCGGACAAUGGUAUUGGAUUCUUUGCCAGGUUCGAAGCGUACAGCGUCGUCCCUAUUGUUAAUUUGAGUAAACCAACCGACCAAGGAUUAUACAAAACGACAGAUGUUAGAUACCAAUGGACUGACGGGAGCCCCAUGUCGUACACCGAUUGGGCAGAAGAAGAAGGAACUGAUGGGACAUAUAUAUUCCAGCCGGAUGGAGGAAUGUUUGAGCGAUGUACGAUGAUCAAUUUAGCUAAUUUACAUUCAACCAAUCAUUGGCACGAUAUCCCAUGUGCGUUGGACACCAUUGCGCAAUAUAUAUGUAAACAACCAGCAGUGUAUACAGGGGAAAGAAUAAUCGAAAUUAUUGUCGAUCCUGUAUGGAAUCAUCUUGGAACUCAAACGUGUGAUACGUUUCAUAAAUGUGAUGAUGAUUCAUGUCUCCAUUAUGCAUUUGUAUGUGAUGGUGCGGUAGAUUGCCCAGAUGGUAGUGACGAAAGAAUAUGUGAUAGUGGGUGUUCGAAGGAUAGUUAUCAUUGCUCAAAUGGUGGGUGCGUAUCGAUGUCAUUUUACUGCGACUUCAUCGACCAGUGCGGAGACAAUUCUGACGAACAGCAUUGUGUGUAUCGCAAUUGCACAGAAGACCAAUAUACGUGCUCCAAUGGUCAGUGUAUAUCGAAAGAAAAACGAUGCAAUGUUGUUAAAGAUUGUUUGGAUGGUAGUGAUGAAACACUGUGUGAAUCUUGUGAUGGAUUCCAAUGUUAUGAUGGACAGUGUAUACCUGAUCACGCCAAGUGUGAUUUCACUUACGAUUGCCAAGGCAACAGAAAAGAAGACGAGUAUGGUUGUGAUCUGGGAGUGAUAGGUGGCUGUGACAAUGACGAGUUUCAGUGCAAUAAUUACCAAUGUACAAAUCAACGAAAUAUUUGUCUGUAUGACUUUGACGAGUAUGGUUAUCCAGUUGGUUGUCGUGACGUGUCACGCUUGAAGUCAUGUGAUACCUUUAAAUGUACACGUGGAAUGUUCAAAUGUCCCGACAGUUAUUGUAUAUCGGUACAUAGAGUAUGCGAUGAUGUCUACGACUGUCCUGAUGGUAUUGAUGAGCAUGGCUGUGAUAAUUACACAUGUGUCAAUGGCAUACGGUGUCAUGGUGUGCGAAACUGCAUUGAACAACAUCAUCUAUGUGAUGGAGUUAGGCAGUGUCCUGGGGGAGACGAUGAAAUGUUGUGUAAUAUAACAUGCCCCGACAUUUGCUCGUGCAAUGGUUUGUAUGUUGACUGCGCAGACUCAAACAUCACAACUUUACCAAUUACUCUCGACCAUGACACACGAAAAUUGAACCUCGCAAAAAACAACCUGGAUAUGUUAGAGGACAGUUCUUUUAUCGGAAUGACAGCGUUGACAACUUUAAUUCUGACAGACAAUCCACUGACGUACAUACAGCCUGGUUCUUUCAAAGGAUUAGACUUAUUACCUUCAUUGGAUCUGUCUGGAAUGAAUAUUGAACGUAUUGAUCGACAGAUGUUUCUGGGACUUCCGUCUUUGUCAUCACUGUACACAGACAAAUACAGAUAUUGCUGUAUGGCGCAGAAGGAUAGGAACGCCCCUCUGGAACUAUGCACACCGCCAGCGAGUGAAUUUUCAUCAUGUGACGACCUGAUGGCCAAUGAGAUUCUACGCAUUUCAAUUUGGGUGUUAGGCUUUAUGGCGUUUGUCGGAAACCUAUUCGUGAUAAUGUGGCGACUAAAGAGUCGAGACAUCAAACAAGUUCAUGCAUUCUUAAUUUGGAACCUCAGUCUAUCUGAUUUCUGCAUGGGUGUUUAUAUGCUAAUCAUUGCAGCUGUCGACAUGUAUUACAGGGGAGACUAUAUCAUCUAUGAUGAAAUAUGGCGACAUAGCCGCUUAUGCAAAUUAGCUGGCUUUCUGGCUACAUUGUCUAGCGAAGUGUCGGUCUUUACCCUUACGUUCAUAACCUUUGACCGUUUCAUGUCUAUUGUAUUUCCGUUUCGUUUUCGACGAAUCAGUUUCCAGAAAGCUGCGGUAGUUAUGGCGACGGCAUGGCUUGUUGUUGUCAUCUUGAGCUGUCUGCCUCUUACCGGAAUAGAGUAUUUUGGAGACGAAUACUACGCAAGAUCAGGCGUGUGUUUGGGACUUCAUCUUACAAACGAUCAUCGCCCUGGCUGGGAAUAUUCGGUAGUAUUGUUCCUGGGUAUCAAUUUGAUAUCUUUCAUUAUGAUAUUUGUUGGAUAUGUUGUCAUGUACAUAGUGGUUAAGAAAACUGCCACGGCAGCUGGCCAGGGCAACGAACAAGAGAUGGCUGUUGCCAAACGUAUGACCCUCAUUGUAAUGACCGACUUCUUUUGUUGGAUGCCAAUAAUCAUCAUGGGGCUGCUAGCACUAUCAGACAUCGUCACAAUACCGGGACAGGUGUAUGCCUGGACAGCUGUUUUCAUCCUCCCCUUGAAUUCCGCACUCAAUCCUUUCUUAUAUACAGUAUCGUCUAUAAAGGCUAGGAAGGAAAAGAAAUGCAAGUCGGGUGUCUCUAGAAGCGCAAACAAGCGAGUGAUCAGCUCAAAUGCUGCAUUGGGUCCGAUGUCGACGUUGCCUUCAGCUAACAUAUGGCCAUCGAAGGCGAUGUCAUGCUUACCAUUGAAGUGUUACAGAAGUCAUAAAUCCGCAUCGAAUCUAACAGUGAGAGACAUAUAUAACAUUGCAGUGGACGUAAUCGCCGGUGUUUCUUUCCUUCACGAUCAAGGCAUCAUACAUACGCACAUAGACGAGGAACACGUGGUUGUGGGCAUGCGUGCUCAGGACAAAUUUUUGCACGCUUAUCUUGUGGACUUAUCGGACUCCAAAGAAGCCAGGAAUAAAUCAAAAAUUACUUUUGGGAAUGAUAUUAAGAACUAUGGGGAAUUCAUAGCAUUCCUUCUUCGACCUAUACAUAUUGAUUUGAAUGAACUUUCACAAAGUCCUAUUGAGAACUAG